UUAUCUUCCUCUGUUUCUCAUUUUCUCUUCCAUUCACACUUGUCUCUCUGCUUUCUCUCUCCAUCUUCACUGAAACUCCCAAAAAAGCCAUAUUUGUAGCGUGAGUUUUAUGGUUGAGGCGUCGCUGCAUGUAACCGUGGAGACCGAGUCGCUGGCGCCUGUUGAGUCGGUUUCCUCGUUGAUUUUUUCAAACCUCCCAUCAAAAUUGAUUCCGUUGCUUCCGACUCAAUUUAUACGAUUCGGAUGUUUCUCUCUGGAUAUGGCCGGUUUUAGUCCUCACAAGCUCUUCUUAUUCAUCCGCCUUUAUCUUCUCACCUUCAUCUCCGCUUUUAUUUUCAGGUUGCAAGGAGAUGGGAGUGGUGCCUUGAACAAGAGCGACGAGAAAAUAGAAUUCGUUGAAGCAGAGAGGCUGGAUUUUUUGAAGGAUAAAGAUGAGAUUAAUGGUGAUGAGAGUGUAAACGUCGAUGGUGGUGAUGCGGCGGAGGAGGGAGAGGAAGAGGAGGAGGAGAACACGGUGGAGCAUUUAAAAUUCAAGUUUCCGACAUUCGAUGAGUUUAGCCGGCUCAGUAAAGAAAGUGGUGAUGCAUUGAAUUCGGAGGUGGUCCCUUGUGCAACUGUUAACAUGUAUCAGUUCUCAUCUGGGAAGAGCUUCGUCAGCGCUUUUAUUGACGAGGCUGAGACUUUCCCGGUUAAGGAGGGUGAAAUCGACUGCUCGUUUGAGAAAACAGAGGCUUCUGAAGCUGGGAAUUCGGAGGAGGACUUUGAUCAAACAGGUUGCGUUCAUGUUGAUGAUAGAGGAAAGGAAAUUGAGGUCAGUGAUGGAGAGAAAAUUGAGGAAGAGGGAUUUUCUGAGAAGUUGCAAUUAGUUGAGGAAUGUCGAUUGGAUUCGGAGAAAAGUUCCGAGGUUAUGGAUUGUGAUUCGGAGUCGACUAGUUUUGAUCAUUUGCGUUCGGUUAUGAACCAUUUGGUGGAUUCUUACAGCGAUGGAUUCUUGUCGGAUGGAGAUUUUGGUGGAGGAUUUGAUGUGGAUGAUGCGAUGGAUUCGGAGAGUGAAGUGUCUGGUUUCGAAGAAACCGAUGAAUUUGAUGACGAAGAUAGUGAUAUAAUGGAAGAGUUAAAGAAGCUAGAAGAUGAUGGUAGCAAUGUUGAUGGAUUGAAACAAGAUUUUGAUGAUAGCAAUGUUGAUGGAUUUGAACAAGAUUUUGAUGAUAGCAAUGUAGGCAAUGUUGUUCCUACCAAUGGUGAUGAUGAUGAUGAUGAGAAGUUCACGUCUAAGGAUUCAUCGGUGUUGGAUUCUGAGGAUCCGAGCAAGCUGGAGUUGCUGUGGGAGCAUCAAGAGCUAAUCGAGCAGCUGAAGAUGGAGCUCAAGAAGGUGAAGGCUACUGGCCUCCCCACCAUUCUAGAGGAUUCGGAGUCCCCCAAGAUAAGCGACGACUUGAAGCCAUGGCGGAUUGAUGAGUCCCAACGAGAGGAUUGCAUAGGCGAGCUUCAUAAGUUCUACAAGAGCUAUAGGGAGAGAAUGCGCAAAUUCGACAUCAUAAACUACCAGAAGAUGUAUGCCAUGGGAUUUCUGCAGCUAAAGGAUCCUCUACAGUCGAUAUCGAAGCAGAAACGGGCGCCAACGCUCAAAUCACUCGUGUCCCAAAACCUAUGGCUGUCGAAACACAAGAUCCACGGGAGCGACCCGAUGAAGAAGUUCGUGGAGGAGCUGCAGGGCGAUCUUGAGGCAGUGUACGUCGGGCAGAUGUGCCUCUCGUGGGAGUUCUUGCACUGGCAGUACGAGAAAGCCUGGGACCUGUGGGACACCGAUCCCCGUGGAAGGCGGAGGUACAACGAGGUCGCCAACGAGUUCCAGCAGUUCCAAGUGCUGAUGAACAGAUUCACCGAGGACGAGCUCUUUCAAGGCCCGAGGGUGCAGAACUAUGUCAAGACCCGGUGUGCUGUCCGCAACCUUCUUCAAGUCCCCGUCAUACGAGAGGACAACUUGAAAGACAAGAGGAGGGCAGAGAAAAGAGACAUGGAUGAGUACAUUGUUACAAGCGACAUGCUUGUGGAGAUCGUCGAGGAGUCGAUACGAACGUUCUGGCGAUUCGUCCGUGCGGACAAGGAUUGUUCGGCUGCAGGGACGAGCAAGAAAACACCCGAGCUUCCCAGCCAAGAGGAGCAUAAGUUGCUGGUGGAGAUCAGGAAAGAUCUUCACAAGAAGGAGAGGAAGCUGAAGGAGGUGCUGAGGAGUGAGAAUUGCAUUUUAAGGAAGAUCAGAAGGUAUAGGGAAGAAGAUGAUUCGGACCAAGUUCUGUAUUUUUUCUCUCAAGUGGAUAUGAAGUUAGUUUCUAGAGUUUUGAAUAUGUCCAAAGUGACAAGGGAGCAAUUGAUAUGGUGUAAUAACAAGCUAGGUUCAAUUAGUUUUGUGAAUAGGAAAUUACAUGUAGAGCCUGACUUCUUGCUCUUUCCUUGUUAGUUUUAGUACUUUAUCUACUUGGAAAUUAUGUUUUUUUGAUCAUUGUUAUUAACUUUUCGAGAUAUAAGUAAGGCCAUUGUAUUGGUAAAUAUUAGUGAAAUGAGAUAUGAGAUGAAUCAUUUAUGUUGUGGUA